AUGCUUACGAGUGAGGAGGGCGGCAGCGGGGACGGGCUCGGGAGGAGGGUGGCAGCGGCGCAGGUGGCUGGCGGCGGCCGGGGAGGAGGGCUGCCGGGGAGGGGGGCGCCGGGGAGGGGGCUGCCGGGAGGGGGCUGCCGGGGACGGGGCGCGGGGACGGAGGCGGCCGGGGACGGGGACGGAGGCGGCCGGGGAGGAGGGCUGCCGGGGGACGGGGCGCCGGGGACGGGGGCGCCGGGCAGGUGGGUGGCGGCGCGGCGCGUGGGGAGAGGGCGUGCGGCUGGCGGCGGCGCAGUGGUCGCGGCGGCGCAGGCGGUGGCUGGCGGCGGCGAGGGGGCUGGUGGUGGCGCGAGCGGUGGGCUGGCGGCGGCGCAGGGAGUGGCGCGAGCGGUGGCUGGUGGGGGCGGGGAGUGGCGGCGUGCGUCCGAGCCGGACUCGGUCCGGCUCGGUCACAUAGGGCAGCCCUAG